UACAAAUGAUUGAAAAAAAAUCAUACAUAUUUAAUCGAUUAUUUGUAUGAAGAAAUUGAUAAUAGGAUAAUUUUAUGAUACUUCACGGUUUCAUCUUAUAACGUAUAAAUGAACAUAUGCUGAAACCGGAUAUUUUUUUAAAUAAUUACGAAGAAAUAUUUUCAUGUAUCACAGAUAAGGAUAUAUCUGAAACACAUUGACCUUUAUUUUAACUUAUAUAAAGUGUUUUAUUCAAUAACUGUGUAAUAUUAAAAAAUGCAAGUUUAACAUUAUUGUUACUUGAAAUAUUUCAGAUGUUAACACAUCUUCGUUUUUUUUUUCAUUAUGACAUUACACUCAAAGCUUUUUUAUAAUGCAAGACGAAGAUCUGAAAUAAUAUUGUCUAGAUUAUUUGUAGCUGAUCAAAUUAAUGCAUACAAACAUACUUUUCAACAAAAAGACAAAAUAUAUACGAAUGGAAAGGAAUCUAAAAAUUAUUCUAGAGUAAAAUAUGUAACCGGUUUUGUGAUCACUGCUUCGCUCUUAGGUAUAUAUUUUUAUAAUUCAUCGCAAGAAAAAAUACAGACAUUUAAACAAACCAACGAUAUAGAAUGUGGAAAGUUAAGAAAAGAUUUUAAAACGUACACAUUAGAAGAAGUGGGGAAACAUUAUAACAAAGAAAAUCGUAUUUGGGUAACUUAUAAAGAAGGCGUAUAUGAUAUUACGGAUUUUGUCGAGCAACAUCCAGGUGGUUCUUCCAAAAUCAUGAUGGCAGCUGGAAGUUCGAUAGAACCAUUUUGGUUGAUUUUUGCUAAUCAUAACACACCAGAAAUAUACGCUCUCUUAGAAUCUAUGAGAAUUGGUAAUAUAUCUAAAACAGAUGCCAAGUCUAUUAUUAGCGAUUUAAAUGAUCCAUAUGCGAAAGAACCUUCUCGACAUAGAGCUUUAAAGAUCAAUGGACAUAAGCCCUUUUGCGCAGAGACACCAUCUUCUUUAUUAAUUGAAAGCUUUCAUACACCAGCAGAUCUUUUUUAUGUUAGAAAUCAUCUUCCUGUUCCUGAGAUAGAUUUAAAGACUUAUGUGGUAGACAUAGCUAUAGAAGAAAAUACAAAAAAAACAUUAGAUUUCGAAGCAAUAAAAAAAUAUCCAAAAUAUACAGUUACCAGUGCUAUAAUGUGUGGUGGAAAUAGACGUUCGGAAAUGGCAGAGGUAAAACCAUUAAAAGGUCUUAGUUGGGGUGUAGGUGCUGUCGGUAAUGCCACUUGGUCAGGAGCACGUUUGUGUGAUAUAUUAAAAGAUUUAGGUAUAAAUGAAGAAGAUUAUGAUCAUGUACAGUUUGAAGGUCAUGAUGUAGAUCCAUCAGGAACGCCAUAUGGCGCAAGUAUUCCUAUUAGUAAAGCCAUGGAUCCUAGAGCAGAUGUAUUAUUAGCAUACGAAAUGAAUGGACAGCCUAUACCAAGAGAUCAUGGGUUUCCAAUUAGAGUAAUUGUUCCAGGAGUCGUAGGUGCGAGAAAUGUAAAAUGGCUUGACAAAAUAAUUAUUUCUAAGAUAGAAAGCCAAUCACAGUGGCAACAAGGUGAUUAUAAAGCUUUUUCACCUAAUACUGAUUGGGAUAAUGUAGAUUUUUCAAAAGCACCAGCUAUACAAGAGAUGCCUGUUAUUUCUGCUAUUUGUAAGCCAGAACAAUCAGAAAAAGUUAAGAUAAAAGAUGGCAAAAUAGACGUAAAAGGAUAUGCAUGGUCUGGUGGAGGUCGGAAGAUAAUCAGAGUUGAUGUAACAUGUGAUAAAGGAAAUACUUGGCAUACUGCUGAUCUCAUAGAACAGGAUCUUAAUGCUAAAGAGGGUAGAUAUUGGAGUUGGACAUUAUGGAGUAUUAAUCUUCCUGUUGAUACAAAAUUAAAGGAAGUAGAGAUUUGGGCUAAAGCCGUCGAUUCGUCCUAUAAUGUUCAACCGGAAACAGUAAAAAAUAUUUGGAAUUUACGGGGUUUCUUGUGUAAUGCAUACCACAGAGUAAAAGUUCAAUUAAACUAAUCCGUGACAGUAAUACGAUUAGAAGAUAUAAAAUGUUUUUCUGAUUUUUUAAAAAUAAUUAAUGCUUGUUUUGUAUUAUACAUGUAUUAUUUUAUAAUAUCUACAAAAAAUAAUAAUUUUUAUCAAAAUGCAUA